AUGCCAGUGCAAGAUGAAGACCCACAUCAACAACACCACCACCACCACAAUGUACAGCAGCAAUCGCCGAAUCCGAAUCCUUCGACCAGCGCCGCACAGGACGGAAAGAACGCGGGAAAGGCGAUAGGCCACCCCAACUCCUCCAUCUUCUACUUCCAACCCAGCAAAGAUGUGAAGAAAUUCGCCAAACGAUAUCGCACCGAGAUCGCCGCCUCGUCGUCUUCCGUGCUAUCGACAUUCGCAGCAUUCCCGCUCGACUUUGCCAAGAGUCGCAUGCAGAGCUAUGAGACUGCUUUCCUAGCCACUGUGAAAGACGCGUAUAAAGCAGAGGGGCUGCGCGCCUUCUGGAGAGGUGUCUGUCCUCCUCUGAUCUCCGUGACAGUGGUGAGAACGAUAAGCUUCAGUCUGUAUCAGAAAGCUAAGUAUGCCUUGGAUGCAUCUAUACACCGCGUCACCGGUGAGAGUCCGCUGGUCAUCGCCAACGCUCCAGGCUCCUACCCGACACUCAGCACCAUGACGUGUUUUGGUCUGGCAGGAGCAUCGGCAGGAGCAGUCAUCACCACCAUAUCGUGUCCGUUCGAGCUCACAAAGCUCAAUGAACAGCUCGCUGGAAAGAUGGCCCGCGAAGCAGCAUUGAAAGCUCAACGAGAGUCCAAGUCCAAGAUGCCGGCAGGCUCACCACCACCGCCACUAGUCGUGGAUCUCAAAAGUGGUGGCUCAAUGGCCACUGCGCGUCGCCUGGUCCGCGAUCGAGGCAUAACUGGUCUAUAUGCUGGGUACAGAUUGCACCUUUUACGCGACACCGUGGGUACUGCGAUAUACUUCAUGACGUAUGAGAGCGCUAAGCAGCUCAUGGGCAACGCAAGGGGCAAGAGCGCCACAUCUCCGUACGCUGUCAUCGUAGCUGGGGGGCUUUGUGGGAUUGUUAGUUGGGCUUGCAUAUACCCUGUCGAUGUCGCCAAGACUCUCUACCAAAAGGCACUCCUGAGUGCUGGAAGCGGUCACGCUACAAGGCCAGAUAUCAAGUUCUUUGAGUUUGGAAGUUACAGAGGACUCGGUGUAUCUGUCUUGCGAUCAUGCAUCAUCAACAUGAUCUUCUUCAGCAAUUUCGAGCUCGUGAAAAAGCAUAUCAAUGCCUUGGAAGUAUGACGAACCGAUUUUGGGAAAAACACGUCUGAGCAGGAAGCAAUGUCAGCCCGCAAAUGAAGUCAUUUUUGAGCGAACAGGAGUCUGUGGAGUUGGGGCAUCCGGCCGGUAGAGCAUGAAUAGCUCCUGGCUAUGAAUAUGGCGGUAUCGCAAAUCUGGGC